ACCAACAGAUAUUUGGAGUCGAAAACAACUUCUUCUUCUUCUUCUUCGUCGAGUUCGAGUUCAGUUGAAAGAGAUGAUCGCAUCGUUCGCUCCUCCUCGCUCCAUUGCCGUUGCAGACGUGAGUAGAAGACGACUCCUCCCGAGCACUCGAGCUUCGCUGAAUGGCGAUUCGUCGGCACCGCCUUCCUCGCCGUCGCCGUCGCCGCCGGCAUCGUCUCCUCUCUCCUCCGGGCGGCGCAGGCGGAGGCGGCCGCAGAACGUGGACGGCGAUUUCUUCGUAGAUAGUACGUGCAUAGAUUGCGAUACUUGCCGUUGGAUGGCUCCGCAAACUUUUACAAGGGUUGACGAGAUGUCAGCAGUUUUCAAACAGCCAGCCGAUAAGGAGGAACGGCUAAAGGCUCUACAGGCCUUAAUUUCAUGUCCAACAAGUUCAAUUCACACAGAAAAGCCAGCUCCCGAUGUCUUAGUAGCCCAUGAAACUUUUCCGAUCCCUAUUGAUGAGCAAACGCUGCCGGGAGUGUAUCACUGCGGGUAUCAUUCAGAGAAAUCUUAUGGAGCUUCUUCAUACUUGAUUGUCCGUGCUGAAGGAAACGUUCUUAUAGAUAGCCCCAGGUAUACCGAGAGACUUGCACGUAAGAUUGAGAUGCUUGGCGGUGCACACUCAAUGUUUCUAACCCACAAGGAUGAUGUCGCAGAUCACAAGAAGUGGAGGGAGCGGUUAGGUUGUGACAGGAUUUUGCACUCUGAGGAUCUUGAAGAUUCAACUGCUGAGAUAGAGAUAAAAUUGGAAGGAAGGGGGCCCUGGAAUCUUGGGCAGGACAUAGAGCUUAUUCACACCCCAGGACACACGGAAGGAACAGUUUGCUUGCUGUACAAACCGCUGGAAGUAAUAUUCACAGGAGAUCAUUUACUACUGACACCAACUGGAUUAAGCAUAAUGGAACAGUACAACCAUUGUUCAGUUAGCGCACAACUAAAUAGUGUUGAGAAGUUGGUUGACUUGGACUUCAGGUGGAUAGUACCAGGUCACGGUAGGAGGAUUGAAUUCAAAAGUUCGUUCGAGAAAGAUCUGGUUCUGAAAGAAUUUGUGCGGCAAAAGUCGAGUCAAUUUGCUUAUAUCUAACGAAGAAUUUCAAUACGGUGGGUAUGCCCAUGGAGAUUUUCAACUUGUGAAGCGAUGACACCGUCAGCAAAUGCGUUGAUGUAGUUUGUGACUACGAGAUUUGUUUGUGUAUAUUAGAGCCGAAUGCAGAACUCAGAAUUUAGUUGGCUUGCAUGUAUCCAUAAUAAUGACAUUGAACUCAUAGAAUGUUGCCCAAUUGCUCAGGAAAGUUUCUGUUCUAUCUGAUAACGGUUUAAUUUUGGCCCCUUUAA